AUGACAGAAGAUAAAAGAAAACGUAUCAUCAAAGACCAAACAACAUAUGAUUUAAUACCGGGAAAAACACCACCAUCCAUUGAAGAAUCUAUCAAGAUCGCAUUGAAUUCGGAGGACGCUAGAUCACCAAUGAGAGUCACCAAAAGUGGCAUAAAUAACGCCAAUUUUGAUCUGAAGUUACAACGGAAAACGAACUUUACAACAGGCGGAAUAUACCGUGGUCAAACACGUGAAGCGAUUGACCGUAUAAUUGAAGAAUACUUUGCUGCUAAAUCAACACAAUUUACAACAUGGGCAGACUCUAAUAAUCUUGAACCGUUCGACUUGGGCUAG